UGGUAUACAUUAUGGACAAAUCUGGGAGUGUAAAGGAGACAGAUUUUGAUGAGUCUGUAGAUUUUGUGUAUAACGUCACAGAGUACUUGGCAAUCGGAUCAUCCGAUAUGCAAGUCAGUAUAGUGGUGUUUUCCUCUUCUUAUACAGAAGAAUUCGAUCUCAAUGAUCAUACUGCAAAAUCAGAUCUAUUGAAUGCCAUAAAGAACUUACGUGGCACAAGGACCACAGGGAGAACCUAUACUUAUGACGCAAUUGACUACGUCAGGGAAUAUUCGUUCACGUCUGCAAAAGGAGGAAGAAGUGGAGCCAAUAGAACGGUUGUGAUUCUAACAGAUGGACUGUCUAAUAACGGAAGUCGAACAAUAACAGCUGCAGAUAACCUACGCACGGAAGGAGCAGAAGUGUUCGCAAUAGGAAUUGGGUCAACGGUGUCAAGGUCAAAUGAAGAAUUGAGGGGAAUUGCCAACGACCCUGAUUCUUACUAUGUCCACUAUAUUGAUACCUUUGUCUAUCUGUGUAAUCUAGUUCCAGCUUUAGUUCCCAAACUUGACAGUACAGUGACCCCUUCAUUACUCGCUGAUUGCCCUACCCCACCAACCACAACUCCAGACCCCUCCAUUACAACAACAGUACAAACCACAGUUACAUCUACAGCAUCAACCACAACAAUAGCUGAUACAACAGGUACAACAACAAUAGCUGAUACAACAGGUACAACAACAGUUGCUGAUACAACAACAGAAAGAGAUACCACUUCAACAAUACAAACAACAGAAACAGGGACAUCAACAACAGUACAAACACAACAUACAGGUAACAGUGCAUAUUCCUCCUCUUCUGGAAGUGGAUCAUCAAGUAACACAGCGGCCAUUGCAGCAGGUGCUGUGCUGGGAACACUAGCGGCUGCGGCUACCGUUGUUGCCACAGCUAGUCUUCUACGUCGGUGGCAUCUAUCAGUGAAGGAAGAUCCAGUGGUCCUAGCAGCAGUCGGACAGUACCAGCAAGCUCCUAUAGGACCUUCCAAGUCCAUGUUUAAUUUUGCAUAAAAAUAUAGUGUACAAAUUGGUGCUUGAUUUUAAAAGACAAAUUAUCUUUGGACUUGUUUUCAACAAGUUGCAAAAAUCUUUACGCAAUGCAUAUUU